CACUUCAUUCAAUUUACAUGAUGUAUAUUGUCAUCUUGACGUCUGCGAGAACUCCUUGAUUUCUGUUGUUCUCUAUGUACGUGUGUCCUCAGUCUUUGGAAUGUAGCGAGUUACUAUUUAAUAGAAGUAAUGGGGAACUGCCUUGAUUGCUUAAACCCACAACCCGAAGUUGAAACUCCUGAUCCGGAAACAAGAAGGCGACAACAACAAGAGGCUGCAUUAAAACGACAGCAGCAAGCUGAGGGCCGUGGUGUUAAGGAUCCAGAGAGACUCAAACGACAGCAGAAAAGAAAGGAAGAUGCAGAGAAAGAAGCUUUGAAGCAGGGUCCUUCAGAUGGAGGAUUAAAGUGGACUGUUGGAUGAAAGAGCCCUUAGAAUUAAGUAGGUAACAAAAUUGCCCAUGAAGCGUCAUUCAAGAAUUUUCAAAACCCAUAAUGAUGAAAUAGUCAUAAAUUAAUUACAUGUACUGUACAAGUGCUUAAAUUUGAAUAAUUGAAUUUGGUCAAAAGCGCAGGCCCCCAUUUUAUUCCUUAUCUAUUUUGCUCAAAUUAUAGGUACUUAUCAAUAAUGACAAUAUUGUUGACUUAAUUGCAACUGUGUCAACAAGUAUAGUAAAGGGUGAAACCCUCAUUCUGUUAUUCAGGGACUUGGAAAUAAAAGCUUUGCUCAAUUGGCAUUAUUUAAGUGUAUUUGACAGUGUGUAUUAAAUGUAGUUAAAUUGAUGGCAAACCAGUUUCAAAUAACAGUUCUUAUUUAAAGAAUAAAUGGCUCUGGUUAAUUGCAGAUUUCACACGCUCUGGUUAAAGUUCAAAAUUUAAAUGUUUUUCUUUUUUAGCAGGAAACAUUUCUUGGUUUACUGUUACAAUCAAAUCACCAGUGUGUUGAACUGUUUCUAAGAGAAAAUGAUUGUGAAGAGUACAAUCAGAUUUUAAGGCAAAGUUACCUAGGAUUUCAAGUUUUAACCACUCAUUCAGGGCCUUGCACAACAAAAAGAACCAAGGAAGCAAAGAUCCAAAGAAACAUAACCUCUCACAGAUAUAACUUUGUUACAAAAAUAAUGGUAUCCUAGUCAGUUACUUUAUCACUUGUGUCAAAAAGAUAUCUGGUUUAUUUUUUAUGCAAUAUAACAAGAAAAGGAACAAGAAAUUAAUAUCAAUUUCCAAUUUACACUUAGCUUAAUUACAGAAAGUUGAUGAAUAAAAAUUCUGCUAGGGCAUAAAGAAAAGUGCUUCUUGUCACAUAAUGUAGGCAAAAGAUGUUCGUAUUAUAACUUUUAAAAGGACAACUGAUAAAAUUAAGUUCACUUUAGGUGAAGUGAUUCAAAUUAUUUAUUUAGUAAUUUUACCAUAAAGAGCCGGCAAAAAAUGAAGUCUGUAAACUGAAGACUGAGCCAAUUAAACUCCGCAGAACAUCUGG